AUGGUCCUCCGGCGAGACAGGGGGUUGGUGCAGGCCACACGAACCCGCCGUAAAACACCAGUGCAGGAAGCACACGAUGCGAGCCGGACCAAUCGGCACGGAACUGGACUUCUUACGAGGUCCCACGAUUGGAAGCUUGGAACGUGGAAUUGCAGGUCUCUCAAAUUUGACGGGAGUAUCCGCAUACUUUCCGACAUAUUGAGGGUCCGCAAGUUCAGCAUCGUAGCGCUGCAGGAGGUUGGCUGGAUAGGUGCGGAGGAGGUGCAAGAGUACAGAUGGAUUGGCUGUACAAUCUACCAGAGCCGCGGCGAGAAAAAGAGGCUGGGGACAGCCUUUAUAGUGCUGGGUGAAAUGCACGAUCGCGUGAUUGGGUGGACCCCGCUCACCGACCGAAUGUGCGUGUUGAGGGUUAAGGGCCGUUUCUUCAACAUCAGCAUCAUAAACGUGCACAGCCCGCACUCAGGAAGCGAAGAUGACGACAAGGACGCAUUUUACGAGCAGCUGAACUGGACGUACAACAGCUGCCCAAAACAUGAUAUCAAAAUCGUCAUCGGAGAUUUUAACGCUCAGGUUGGCCAGGAGGAGGAAUUCAGACCGGUGAUAGGAAAGUUCAGCGCCCACGUACGCACGAACGAAAACGGCCUACGACUGAUCGACUUCGCCACCUCCAAGAACAUGGCCGUACGAAGCACCUGCUUCCAGCACAACCUCCGAGACAAGUACACCUGGAGAUCACCACAAGGAUCGGAAUCACAAAUCGACCACGUCGUAAUCGACGGUAGACACUUUUCCGACAUCAUCGACGUCAGGACCUAUCGUGGCGCCAACGUCGACUCGGACCACUAUCUGGUGAUGGUGAAAAUGCGCCAACGACUUUCCCUGGCGAAAAGCGUUCGGUACCGCCGCCCUCCGCGGUUGGAUUUGGAGCGGCUUAAGUUACCGGAAGUCGCAUCCCGGUACGCGCAUUCGCUGGAGGCUGCGUUGCCAGGGGAGGGUGAGCUGUUGGAAGCUCCCCUCGAGGACUGCUGGAGGAACGUCAAGGCAGCCAUCACCAACGCAGCGGAAAGCACCAUCGGAUUUGUGGAACGAGGACGACGGAACGAUUGGUUCGACGAGGAGUGUCGAGCGAUUUUGGAGGAAAAGAAUGCAGCACGGAGGGCAAUGCUGCAGUACAAUCUCCGUGAUUACGAGGAGGCGUAUGGACAGAAGCGAAGGCAGCAGCACCAGCUCUUCCGGGCAAAAGUGCGCCACCAGGAAGAGUUGGAGUUUGAGGACAUGGAGCAGCUGCAUCGCUCGAACGAAACGCGCAAGUUCUACAAGAAGCUCAACGGAUCCCGCAACGGCUUCACGCCGCGAGUCGAAAUGUGCCGGGAUAAAAAUGGAGCUAUCUUGACGAACGAGCGUGAGAAGCAGAGGCAGGGGUCCAAGGCGGCAGGAGAGAGGACUUCAUCGGUACAGCAGGAGAAGGAGAGGAGCCAGUUCCCACGAUGA